CACGCACAUGCCAUGACCUGACCUCUCUCCAUUACUUACUUACUCGUUUCUAUUCUUCGUUUUUUUAUCUCGUUUCUGCUUUUCUCACCGCCAUUACCUCGCUUCCACGCUGCAUCCACGCAUUGCUCUUCGCGUGCUUUGUCGCCCACCCCGCCUGAAGCCUGUCUUUCCCCAAGCUGCACCACACCGCGCCCAAUCCUGGCUCAGGAAACUCCGUUCCGUAGGCGGGAGCAGUCCGCCAGUCGACAGGAUGUCUGCCCCCGAUAACAAGCAGGGCUUCCUCUCAAAUCUCUCGCCGUGGUCCUCUCGUGCGGGCACCCCCAAGCCUCCAUCGACGCCCAAGCCCGAUGCAGGUGUGGAGAAAGUGAAGAUGGUGGAACAAGAGAAGGAGAAGGAGCGUAUUGCGACUGGGCUCGCUCCCCAGCAAGGAGGCGACCAUAUCAUCGAUCGCAGGCACCGGCUGAGCCUCAAGCGCUAUCCUCAGGACUGCCCUCCGCUGGCCGUGAGAUGGUUUCAUGCCAUAGACACUCCGAAAAGAAAACCCCUCUCCAAGCACGCUAUGGCACCCGAUACUGCCCUACCCAAGCCCAAGAAAUGGAUACCCUUUAGUGCCAGCGACUCGCGCGCUAUCGAGACAGCAUUCCAGAAGACAGCCGACGAGGCGGAUAUGGACGAGUUGCGAAAAGGAAUUGGAAGCCCUUCGACGCCCAUCCAGCCAAAUCCCGUGGCACCCAAGACCACAAAGGUCCCUGUCAACGAGGACUAUCUGUUCGAUGUUGAGAUAGAAACACGCGAGUUGGCGCCAGCAUACUGGCUGGGUCCGGUAUACGAUGUUAAGCGAGGAACGUGGUUUACACCAGAUGGCGAGGCUAUUGACGAGGGUCUGGCUAUGCAGCUCGAGGAAGGUUAUCUAAAAGUCAAGCCGUGGAAGUUUGGCAAACCAGAAGAAAAGCGAGCAGUUUCUCAGCCUCGUGCAAGGCCGCUGUCCAUGGGACCGCUGGCUGGUGAAGACCACCGAAAAGAGCUGGGUCGGUUGAACCGUGACUCGACAUCGAAUCCUGUAACACCAAAGUCUUCAUACGAUAGUCUGAAAAAGGAAGCUGAAAGCCAGGCUGAAGAUGCAAAGCCAGCAGAUUCUGCUACAAAUUCAAAUACCCCCGCGGACCUGCCUAGGACGCAUCGCCUUUUUGGGGCUCAUCUGAAUUCGACUGUGACCUAUCAAGAUGAGACAACAGCAUGGUUGCUGACGGACGAUAUGUGGUCACGCAUGGGUAGCACUUUGUACCAACGCUUUGCUGGAGGCGCACAUUAUGCUGGAAACAAAUACAUUCGUGGGUAUACGGACCCGGCAGACAAGAAAAAGCAGCCGGCUCCGGCCAAAGGCCCUCAGAGCGCGAAGCCGAGCGGGCGACCCGAGACCCCGUCCCUGGCAUAUGGUUCAGAUCACGGCAAGCAGUCGGAUUCGGACGCUAAUACUGACGAAGACACAUCGGAAAACGAAAGGAGCAUGUCGCCUUCGCAAACGCGCAGACGCAAUCUAGAGAGGCAAGUAUCCUCGCUGUUGACGUCAUCGAAACCCGAAUAUGAGCAGCAACAAGAAGAGGCAAUGCGAAAACGUGAAGAAAAGGAGAUGCGCGAGGAUUAUAAGGCUCAGAACGACAGUGAUCAAGGCCGUGAAAUCGAGCACCUGCUUCUGGUCACCCAUGGUAUCGGGCAACGACUUGGCAUGCGCAUGGAGUCAAUUAACUUCAUCCAUGACGUGAACACUAUGCGUAAAUCUCUCAAGUCUGUGUAUGCAGCUUCACCCGACCUACAGGCUCUCAAUGCGGAGGUUGAGUCAACAACCAAGAACAACCGUAUCCAGUGCAUUCCGAUCAUUUGGCGACACCUUCUAGAUUUCCCAAAACAGAGUCUCAAACAUAAUCGCAAGGAACACGACUUGGGCGAUCUCGAUCAUGAAGACGAGGAGUACCCUAACCUCGAGGACAUUACUGUUGAAGGUGUUCCUGCAGUUCGUAACUUUCUUACAGAUCUCGCUCUUGACAUUUUACUAUACCAAAGCCCCGCAUACAAAGGUCAUAUUUCACGAAUCGUUGUCAAGGAGCUCAACCGUGCAUACCACCUUUUCAAAGAGCGCAAUCCUUCUUUCAAGGGUAAAGUCAGUCUUGUUGGCCACUCACUUGGUUCUGCUAUCAUGUUUGAUGUUUUAUGCAUGCAAAAAGAUCCUAAGGCGAAACCGAGUUCACAAUCAGCCAAACAACGGCGAUCAACUGAAGAAGGCUUGAAACUGGACUUUGAAGUAGAGGACUUCUAUGCCCUUGGAUCACCUAUUGGCCUUUUCCAGAUGCUCAAGGGAAGAACGAUUGCCGGAAGACCACAAGCUGCUUCAACCACCUUUGUCCCACCGGUAACACCUGCGAUGCCUAUUGAUGACCCAUUUGCGCCAGAGGUUGAUGAGCAUGCUUUCGACAUAACGACUUCGUCGCCACUUUGCAAGCAGGUUUUCAACAUUUUUCACCCUACCGACCCCAUUAGCUACCGUCUGGAACCUCUGAUAUCGCCCGCCAUGUCCUCUCUGAAAGCGCAACCCCUACCAUAUACGAAAAAAGGCAUUUUCGGAACGCCAGCUGCUCAAGGAAUCACUGGCAUUGGUCAACGAGUUGGUCAGGGUGUGACAGACUUUUGGACCUCUCUCGGCUCAGGUAUCGCGAGCGGACUCCUCAACCGAAGUCUAGGUAUCUCCGGAAGUGACAUGACCGGCGGCGCCCAAGGUCAACGAUCCUCUCGUCCUCUGACCGCGACACCCAAUUCCGGCAAUGCCAACCUCGUCCCAGGCCUCAACGAGCCCACGAGCGCCUUCAUCAGCGAAGAACGCCGCCGCCGCCUUGGCCAAGAAACCAUUGCUGAGGGUGAAGACGGCGAGCAUCCACCCACCCUGAUCGAAUCAGACAUUGAAACCCUCUUUGCCGGCUUCCAGAAACGCAGAAAGAGUCAGCAGACAGACGAUGGCGAACACGACAUUGAAAAGGAUCUCGAGUGGCAAGAGCUUGAGGAAAGAAGCCGCAAGCUGAAAAAGGAGGAACAAAAAGUGCGCCGGUUGAAUUCGAACGGGAGGGUGGACUACAGUAUCCAGGAGGGUGCUUUUGACAUUUCGCUUCUGGCUAGUAUUGCUAGUCACAUGACGUACUGGGCGGACGAGGACGUAUCGCAUUUUAUGAUUUCGCAGCUGUUGGCUAGGCAUCGUGUGUUUAAACCAAAGGAGUAGUUGUGGUGCAGAAAAAAUGCCUUUUGAGUUAGAUGGUAGAUAUUGGUGUUAUCGUUAGAUGGUGGUGGGUUUUUGCCUUUGUCAUCAGAAUACCCCCCAUUUUGUCCAUGUCAAGAAAUAGAUGUAUGAUUGGCUUGAAUCUUUG